CGGUAACGCGUUAGUGAAAUGCCAUGUGUAGGGAAUUUACCUCCUGUGACAAGCUUUUAUGGACAAAGCAUGAAUUAUGGGAGCUUUCUGCAGACCUGAAAAGAGCCGGGGCACUUGGCACAUUUGUUUUUAAUCUCUUGUCAUUCAAAUAUCUUCUGUAUUAGUCGCCGUAAUUUUCUAUUACAUUUCCAAAGCAGAUCGAGAUAAGGACUUUAAAGUAAACAGGAAGACUUUCAAUUAGUUGUGGCUAAUUCUGCUCAAUUGCCUCGUCUGGAGGUCAUGCUGCUUUGCUCAUGAAAUGUGGAUGGCUGUAUUGACACCAUAUGGCACUGAGCACACGAAAGGCUGCAGGAGGGAUCUGAGUCACAACAAAUUAUCUUCAAUCAAGGCCAAUUUCUUGGAUCACCUUCAUAGUCUUCGGGAAGUGAAGUUGAACUACAAUGAACUGGAGAUCAUUCCAAAUCUGGGACCAGUCUCUGCAAAUAUAACUCUUCUGUCUUUGACCAGUAAUAAGAUUGCCAACAUCUUACCUGAACAUCUGAAGCCAUUUCAGAGUUUAGAAACUUUGGAUUUGAGCAACAACAACAUAUCAGAGCUAAAAAUGUCAUCAUUUCCUUCCUUACAGCUCAAGUAUCUGUACAUUAACAGUAACCGAAUAACCUCCAUGGAGCCUGGUACUUUUGACAAUUUGUCUACCACACUUCAAGUAUUAAAACUGAACAGGAACAGAAUUUCAGCAAUCCCUCAAAAGAUGUUUAAACUUUCCCAUCUGCAACACCUGGAGUUGAAUCGCAACAAAAUUAAAAAAAUAGAUGGGCUUACUUUCCAAGGACUUCCAGCUUUGAAGUCAUUGAAACUACAGAGAAACGGGAUUACUAGGCUCAUGGAUGGUGCAUUCUGGGGAUUAACCAACAUGGAAGUUUUGCAGCUGGACCAUAACAACUUAACAGAGGUAACCAAAGGCUGGCUUUAUGGUUUGCUGAUGCUGCAACAGCUCCAUCUCAGCCAAAAUGCCAUCAGCAGGAUCAGUCCUGACGCCUGGGAAUUUUGCCAAAAACUCAGUGAGCUAGAUUUGACGUUCAAUCACUUAGCAAGGUUAGAUGAUUCAAGCUUUGUUGGCUUAAGCGUGCUAGUUGGACUGUACAUUGGAAGCAACAAAGUAAACUACAUUGCUGAUUGUGCCUUCCGGGGACUUUCUAGUCUACAGACUUUAGAUCUGAAAAAUAAUGAAAUAUCGUGGACUAUUGAAGAUAUGAAUGGUGCCUUCUCAGGUCUGGAUGAACUUAGGAAGCUGAUACUGCAAGGAAACAGAAUUAGAUCUAUUACAAAGAAAGCAUUUUCUGGCUUGGAUGCACUUGAACACCUGGAUCUAAGCAAUAAUGCAAUUAUGUCAGUUCAAGGAAAUGCUUUUUCACAAAUGAAGAAACUCAAAGAAUUGCAUUUAAACACAUCAAGUCUCCUGUGUGACUGCCAGUUAAAGUGGCUACCACAGUGGAUGUCAGAGAACAACUUUCAGAACUUUGUAAAUGCCAGUUGUGCCCAUCCUCAGUUACUAAAAGGGAGAAGUAUUUUUGCUGUCAGCCUGGAUGCAUUUGUCUGUGAUGAUUUUCCUAAGCCACAGAUCACUGUCCAGCCAGAAACACAGUCAGCAAUUAAAGGCUCCAAUUUGAGUUUUGUAUGUUCAGCAGCCAGCAGCAGUGAUUCCCCAAUGACCUUUGCAUGGAAGAAAGACAAUGAAUUACUGCAUGAUGCUGAAAUGGAGAAUUAUGCACACCUCCGGGCGCAAGGCGGUGAAGUGAUGGAGUAUACCACCAUCCUUCGACUGCGCAAUGUUGAAUUCAGCAGUGAAGGGAAAUACCAAUGCGUAAUUUCAAAUCACUUUGGUUCAUCCUACUCUAUUAAAGCCAAACUUACAGUAAACAUGCUGCCUUCAUUUACGAAGAUUCCUAUGGACUUAACCAUUCGUGCUGGGGCAAUGGCACGUUUGGAAUGUGCUGCAGUUGGGCAUCCUAUCCCACAGAUUGCUUGGCAGAAAGAUGGUGGAACAGAUUUUCCAGCAGCACGCAAGAGGCGUAUGCAUGUCAUGCCUGAAGAUGAUGUAUUCUUUAUUGUUGAUGUAAAAAUUGAGGACACAGGUGUCUAUAGCUGUACAGCUCAAAAUACUGCAGGAAGCAUUUCGGCUAAUGCGACAUUAACAGUUCUAGAAACACCAUCAUUUUUGCGGCCUUUGCUGGAUCGAACUGUAACAAAAGGUGAAACUGCAGUCUUACAGUGCAUUGCUGGUGGUAGCCCUCCACCCCGACUGAACUGGACCAAGGAUGACAGCCCUCUCAUGGUAACAGAAAGACAUUUCUUUGCUGCAAGCAAUCAGUUAUUAAUUAUUGUGGAUACAGAUGUAGAAGAUGCUGGGAAGUACACUUGUGAAAUGUCUAAUACACUUGGAACAGAACGAGGCAACAUUCGUCUUAAUGUAAUUCCUACUCCCACCUGUGAUUCUCCUCAAAACAUUGCUCCAGCACUUGAUGAUGAUGGAUGGGCCACAGUUGGCAUUGUCAUCAUAGCUGUGGUUUGCUGUGUGGUGGGCACUUCCUUGGUGUGGGUGGUCAUCAUCUACCACACUAGAAGGAGAAAUGAAGAUUGCAGCAUCACAAAUACAGAUGAAACAAAUUUGCCUGCUGACAUUCCAAGUUACCUGUCAUCCCAGGGCACGCUGGCUGAAAGGCAGGAUGGAUAUGGUUCAUCUGAAAAUGGUAGUCAUCAUCAGUUCCUCACAUCUUCUGUGGGAGGGUAUUUCUUACAACAAAGAGACAGUAAUGGCAUUUGCCACCUAGAUAAUGGCAGUGAAACAGACUUGGAUGGUGUUGCAGAUCCAUUUCUAUGCCACUACCUGGGUACUUCGGGGUCAGUGUAUUUAAAAGGAAACACAUACAGCUCUGAGACCUUUGAAGCAUGCAGCCCAAAUUGCAGCCCUGACCAAAGAACAGCAAACCUGGAUCCUUAUGAGUCUGGAUAUUUAAAGAAAAAGGAAUGCUGUCAGUACUCACUUCCACUGGAAGAUCCCUUUGACCAGUGCAUUGGCAUUAUUGGGAUGCAGGCUACAAGCAGCAAGUUGAUUAACUCCAUUUAUACUCAAAAUGAAGGAACUGGACUAAAAAGCAGAAGUCUGAACUCAGACAAGCUUGAUUUAAACAGAAGUUUGGAACCCUCGUCUAUUAUCAGUAGUAGCACUUUCAUGGGAACAUUUGGAAAGCCUGUAUGGAGGCCUCAGCUGGACUCCCUUUCAAGUCGUAGACAGCCAGCAAGAUGUCAACCGAAAACCUUCCAUAAUAAUCCUCAUUCCUCAUUGGACUUUGACCCAGAAGCAGAUGAAGAUGGAAGGGAAAGGACAGUUUCUAGAGGAGAAAACAGCAUUUACAAUUACAAACAGUCCUUUGAAAACUUCAGAACUUUUACUUUUCAAUCCUGUGAUUUGGAUACAUAGCUCCUUUUGGACCUGCCAUUGAUUUCUGGAACCAAAGAAAUACUUUGACACGCUACUACCUCAGUGUGGAAUUUUAUUUAAAAAGGGGAAUAAGGAAAGGAAGAAGGGAAGAAAGAAACCACAUGAUGCAAUGAAUUCAGAACAAAUAAAUGCAUUUUUAUUCAAAUAAAACAUAAUUACCAAAAUGCUCUAAAUUUUUAUACAGGGAAAGCAUUCCUUAUAAAAAUACUAUAUUUCUAAUUAUUUUAUAGCUUUGUUUUAUGCAAAUAAUAUCUUUUGUAAAUUAAUGGUGUAAAUAAUACAGCAUAUGUAUUUCUAUGUCAGACUUCAUUUUAUUGAAAUGAGUAGUAAGCAUUCUAAUUUUAUACUGUUACUUGUAUCUUUUUUACAAAUGGAAACUCCACGCUGUUUGCAGGUAUCAUGCAUCUUAUUUGCACAUUACUUUUAAUAAACUAUGCUGCCAUGUGGUCUCUGACCCACAUUAAAGUAUGAAGAAUGAGAAGUGUGAAUUCUGUUUGUAAAUAGAGAAAAGGAGUGUUAAAUUUGCAGGUUCCUUCUGUUAAAUAUUUGCACCUUCAUUUGCCUGACAUUCGUGUCUCUGGACUUAGCUGUGUUAAAUGUGUUCUGCUUCCAAGGGUAGGUGCUUAGUUACUGUCUCUGGUAAGUUGGGUUGUGAAGCCGUUUAUUCCAAAAUAAAUAAGCAGAUCUGCCGCUUUCUGCAUUCCAACUAUAAGAUGUGUUUGCACACAUUCUAUUUUCAUGCACACAAGGCUGUAAUGCUGUUUGCCUGGUGCGCCUGCAUCUGAUGGAGGAUAUAUGCAUAGUAGAUUCUCAAAUUCUUAUUGAGCUACUUAGUAAAAGAAAACAAUACUAAAAAAAUAAAAAAAGGCAAUGAAAAUCUGCCUGGCACCAACCACUCUUUUCUAAGGGGUUUACUGUUAAAUGUUUGCCAAAUAUGCAAUGCAUGCCUGAAUCUUUGCUUUCCCAUACCCUUUCUCCCUCUUUCUUGUUUCUGCAACCACUGCCACACCCAGCAUAAGAAGGUAAUCUAAGUACAAGAUAAUGUUUUCUUUGGUUUAACUCAUGCUUCUGUUCCUUAUUCAGCUGUCCUUUUCUGGUUAUAAUUGAAAUCUGUGCCUUAGUAAUUCAGCAAUUGUAAAUUCUUGCUGAAUUAAAUUUGAAGUAAGGAACACAAUGCCUUUAACUGUACAAAGUCAGAGAAAGAUGGUUGCUUACUAUGAGAUGGUAAUUAAAGCAAAGUGAAAACACUUAUUUUUCUAUGUACUGAUACCUACUAUUUUAAAAAGCUGUGAACCCUUUUGUCAUCACUGUAUUAAAAAACAGUGGGACUCCAAAAUGGUUAAUAUUCCAGGACGCUGGCUUUUUCAGUCUGUCUCCUUUGAAGGUGCAAACGUACAUGCUUGCCAAAUCACUUCUUUUAAACUAAAUUAAAAGCAGCUGUUAGAGGGGGCCAUCACAGACAUAGCUAAAGCUAGAGCAAAGGUUUCACUGCCUGGUGCAGCUGAGCUAGAGACUUUUUCUUGUUUGUAGUCUGAAACCUGGUACCCAGAUUGCAGUGUAAUUUUCCUUUAAUUUUGGCGCCAGUAUUAGAGACAGGAAGUUAAUCCAUCCUUAGUCACUGGUGGUCUAAGUGUAGAGAAAGGAUUUUGUGUGUUUUAGUUCAUCAUGUUGCCAGAUUUUCUGACUCUUGUUGUUAAUUUGUCUCUAUUGCUGCCAGAUGUGCUGAUGUGGUGACAGACAUUGAUAUGAGUAUUUGAUUAUAACUGAGUGCGUAUUGAAAGAGAUGAAUUCUUCCCAAGUUAAGCACAAAGCUAUAAAUCAAUGA